AAAACCAGUCCGCUUAGAUUUCAAUAUUAGACUAUUUUUUUACUCUAUCUCUCUCUCACACACGCACACUUUUUCAAGCUCGCGUCAACAUGUCGACCGGCGGCCCCACCACCACCCUUACUAUCACUGGCGGCGCCACUACCACCACCAUCAACGGCGGCGCCACUACCACCACCAUCAACGGCGCCACCACCACCACCACCAUCAAAGGCAGCUCCACCAUCACCAUCAACGCCCGCUCCACCACUAUCGGACGAAACCGUACACCACAUAUACAAAUUUCUUUCUCAAGACACGGUUCUCACCCUCCAAACCCUACCCGAACCCACCAACUCCACACCUCCGACAACAUCGACUCCAACAACAAAGGCCACUUGAACUCCAUCGUCAAUCGCAUCGCCAAUCAACACCACGAACACCAAAGCAACCGGUCAUCCCCUACCUCCAAAUCAUUCAUCGAUUCGCUACCAAUCCUCAAAUUUCUAGCUGUUUCUUCAUCCAAUUCUUGCCCUAGAUCCUGCUCAAUCUGUACGAAUGACUUCGAAUUUUUUUCAGAGGUGAAUCAAUUGCCUUGUAAGCAUGUUUUUCAUCCAGAUUGUCUCGUUCCGCUCCUUCGUAGGAGCAAUUCGUGUCCCUUGUGUCGGUAUGAGUUGAGAUUGGGGAAUUUUCACGUGGAGGGAUGGGGUGUCAAUCAGGGGAGCGGUUUUCAUGAUGCAAGGUUAAGGAAUGGGUUUGUUCAGGCAAGGAUACGGUCGUCUUCUUCGUCGGCGUCCUCGCGUAACGGGCAGAUUGGGAGUGGUUUGGAGGCGGCUGGAAAUAGUGAAGACUCGGUUUCAAGCCCUUUGGUGCAAAGGGAGAGUGAUGCUACGGUUGAUGAAGAUGGUGACAUUUUCAUGCUUGAUUCAUGACUCCUUUUGGGACUAUACAGUCUUUAUGUGUAUGUACAGUCGAGCUUUGGAAAGUCUCUGGUUAAUUCAAUUCAAUUAUCCCCAACAAGGUGCAAAUUUGGACCUGAAGACAACACUACUAUCUCUCUGCAUGGUUCUUUCUCUAUAGCUGAGCAGAUGGAACGACAAAUAUGUCAAGGAAUGGUUAUAUAGACGUGUCUUUUACUUCUUGAUUUCAUGUAUGUAUAUGUAAGUUGCUGGAAAAGUCUUCUAGCUAUUUACGCUUGGAUGUAAAUGUCCUCUCUAAUUUCAAAUAAAAAUAUACCAGGUUUCUCGCAUGUAAA